GGGUCGCGCUGCCGGAAGUGCGCGCGGUCCAUGUACCAAUGGCUGCUCGCGGUCCUCCGCGCCCUCCGCGAUGCCGCCCGCCAGGCCCCGGCCCCGGCCCUCACCCUCAGCCCGGAGCCGCCGCCCCGAAAGAAACCGCCCCCCAGGUCAGCCCUGCCCGCCAGUGUUCUGUCACCUGUGGAAGGUCCUGAGGAGAUCCCUGCAAAGAGGCUGAAAACAGAAUGUGUCUCUGGGGCUAACAAGGAGCCUGAAGAGGUUUCUGUGGCUGCCAAGUUGCCACCUAAGGCAACACGUAGAAGCCAGGAGACUCGAGAGAGAGAUGACUUCUUCUCUGAGGCUGAAGAUGAGGUUGUGUCCAUUUCUUCUGACUCUUCAUUUGUAGCAUCUGGAGAGGAUGAGAACACAACAGAACCUGACAAAAUGCCUUGUGACACCAACCCGUGCUUGGCUGAGGAAAUACCAUCCUCUCUUUGCAAAAGAGCUCCAUAUCUGAGCCUGGGCAGGAAUAACCACAUCCGAGCUGCUCCGGAGAGCCCUGUCACACCCAGGCCCCCCAUUAAGGAGCCAGGUCCCAACUCUCCAGGAGUCAGUGGCACCAGGAGGCCGUUGUGUGCUGCUGAAGAGGAUGUUCAGCAAGCAGAAAAUAAGAAAUACAAAGAAGUCUUGAGUCUGUUCAAGGAAAAAUAUUCUGGACGAUUUACUUCUCCACGAUCAGCAAGACUGAACAAAGUUCCAACCAAGGAGCCAGGGAUGACUGGGAAUCCCCUGAAAGAACAAAAACCCAGAGGUGCCUCUCCACCUGUGCCAGAAAGGACCAGUGUCAAGCAUGGGGAUGUUUUCAGCCCCCAGCUGCCUCAGAGAGGUGUCAUGAUCAGCUACUACACACCACCAGAAGAGUCUCGUGGACAGGGAAAAGGAGAGAAACGAGCUGCUUCAGUGGGCCAGCGUGAAGCCGAAGUCCCCCAGAGAAAGCUAUUCCAGUUCCAUGUGACACCUGUCCUGUCCAAAGACCUCUUUUUUGUGGACAGUGAGCCACUGCCAUGCCCAGAAAAGCCAGGAGAUGAUCUGGCUCCACUGACAGAGGCCAUGGAGAGUGAGAUCUCUGCUGCCUUUGACACUGGUGAGCCUGAGGACAUCCUGAGCAGGGCCUUCAAGCUCGCUGUCACCCGUGAGGACAUCUGCACCCUGCAGCCCCUGGGCUGGCUCAACGACAAGAUAAUGAAUUUCUACAUGGGUCUUCUGGUGGAAAGAAGCAAGAAGGAAGGAUAUCCAGCAGUCUAUGCUUUUAACACCUUCUUCUAUUCCAAGCUAAUCUCUACAAGCCACAAGGGAGUAAAGAAAUGGACCAAAGGUGUGGAUAUCUUUGAGCACGAUGUCAUCUUGGUGCCUAUUCACCUCAGAAUUCACUGGACACUGCUGGUUGUAGACCUCCGAGAGAAAGCCAUCAAAUACUUUGACUCCUUGGGACAGAAAGGAGACCACAUUUGUAAAACUGUCUUAAAAUACCUAGAAGAGGAAAGCAGGGAAAAAAGAAACAUUGAAUUGACUGCUUCUGAGUGGACCCUUCACAGCAUGGGCACAGAGGAAAUCCCUCAACAAAGUAAUGGAAAUGACUGUGGAGUUUUUGUUUGCAAAUUUGCUGAUUUCAUCUCCAGAGACAAGCCCAUCAUCUUCACCCCGGAACACAUGCCUUAUUUCCGCAGGAGUAUGGUGUGGGAAAUAAUCCAUCAGCAGCUGCUGGGAGACAUGCACUGUUAAGAAAACACUGUUCUGUAAAAGAGUAGUAUUUAUUUCUUAUUGGUUAGGUAAGAUAAAUAUUAACUUAUGUAAGAGCCUUAUUGUAUGAGAACGUUACUUGUUAACAGAGUAAUUUAUUUUUUAAUUGAAAACUGA